ACGGAAGUCCCGAAGUUCGCGGUCGAGGGCGUGAACGACGCGUUCGCGCUCAUGACGACGACGGUCGCGGAGUGCCACACGAGCAAGGACGGCAGCACGACGAAGAUGGUCGUCGAGCUGCAAGACGGCCACAGGGUCGAGGCGGUCGUGAUGCGGCACGCGAUCCACGAGGGCGGGCGAGAGCGCAACACCCUCUGCGUGUCCUCGCAGGUCGGCUGCAAGAUGGGGUGCACGUUCUGCGCGACCGGGACGCUCGGGGAGCUCGGGAACCUGACGUGCGGGGAGAUUCUCGAGCAGCUCGUGCACGCGCAGCGGCUCUUCCGCGGCGACGGCGACGGCGACGGCGGCGACGGCGACGGCGGCGGCGCGUCCCGGAGAGUCAGCGGCCGCCGCCGCGGCGGCGGCAUCACGAACCUCGUCUUCAUGGGCAUGGGCGAGCCGCUGAACAACUACGACGCGGUCAUCGCCGCGCUCGGCCCGAUCACGGACCCGAAGCUCUUCGCGCUCGCGCCGAGCCGCGUCACCGUCUCCACCGUGGGCGUCGUGCCGCGCAUGAAGACGCUCACGAGGGACGCGCCCGGGGUGGCGCUCGCGCUGUCGCUCCACGCGCCGAACCAAGCGCUGCGCGAGAGCAUCGUGCCGACCGCGCGCGCGUAUAAGCUCCCGGCGCUGAUGGAGGCGAUGGACAAGUACCUCGCGUCUGGGCCGAAGGUGAAGACGAUGGUGGAGUAUUGCGUGUUGAGAGGCGUGAACGACGGGGUGGAGCACGCGAGGGAGCUCGGGGAGCUGUUGCGAGGGCGGGACGUCAUCGUGAAUUUCAUUCCGUACAACCCCACGGACGUGCCGAUGGGGCACGCGCCGCCGACGAAGGAGGCGGUGAAGGCGAUGGUGGACGUCCUCACCGGACCGGAGUUUGGGCAGUUCACGACGGUGAGGCACGAGAUGGGGCAAGACAUCGCCGGCGCGUGCGGGCAGUUGGCG